AUGUCGAAUAAACGCGUUCGGAGUGAUGAUUUAAGAGGAAACAAAGGAGCUAAAAGAGUCAAAAGUAACAGCAACCAUAAUACAACAACUUCAAAAUCAAAUCAUAAAAUUCAGAAGUUUAAACAACAACGAUCAAUAGAACAAUUUUUUAAACCAAAACCUUCACCUUCAAUUAAUCAACAAUCAUUAAAUCGUUCACCACUUGAACCUAUUGAUCAAAAUAUUUUAAAUAGAGAUACUAAAAAGGAAAGUUCAACUACUUCACAAGUCACUAAUUCCGCUUUAGAAAAAGAUGAAUUUCCAAUCAUUGAUUUAGAAAAACUUAAUUCAUCCAUUAAUCAAAAGUCUUUAUUUAAUUUAAAUAAAAAAAACAGGAACAACUACUUUGGUAUAGUUGGUGAAUCAUCUAGUAUUGAAACAGAAAAAGAUGCAAUUCCCUUAAAGUUAGAAGCACAACCUAUUUUUAUUGAUUUGACUCUAGAUGAAGAAUGUUCAUCAUCAACUAAACAAUCAUCAUCAUCAUCUUCCAAUUCAAAAUUACUUGUACAAUCAUCACCAUCAUCAAAAUUAGAAUUACCAAAUGAAAGUUCUUCACCAUCAUCAAAAUUAGAAUUACCAAAUGAAUUAUCUUCACCAUCAUCAAAAUUAGAAUUACCAAAUGAAUUAUCUUCACCAUCAUCAAAAUUAGAAUUACCAAAUGAAUUAUCUUCACCAUCAUCAAAAUUAGAAUUACCAAAUGAAUUAUCUUCACCAUCAUCAAAAUUAGAAUUACCAAAUGAAUUAUCUUCACCAUCAUCAAAAUUAGAAUUACCAAAUGAAAGUUCUUCACCAUCUUCUUCUACAUUAUCAUCAAAAUCAUCACCAUCAUCACCAAAAUCAAAAUCAGCUAAAGAAUCAUCAGAAAAACUUUAUUCAUUGAAAAUGCCUGAUUUAAAUUUUCCUUCUUAUAGUUAUGAAAAAAAUUCAACUUCAACUGCAAAAAUACCUAUCACUUUAAAAAAUAUUGGUAAAAGUGUUCAAAAGGUAUUAAUAGACUAUAUUAAUGGCCUUACUUUUUUAACUGAAGUUACUGAUGAUUCAAUUACUUGCUUAAAAAAUGAAGCUAUUAAAAAAAAUAUGAAUAUUGAAGUAGUUAGACCUGAAUAUGGUCUUGCUGCUAUUGUUUUCGAAAAAAAUAUUCAUGAUUUAAAAGUUUCAAAUCCUUUAGUGGUAUCUAAAAAAGUCAAGCUAUUGGAGCAAAAUUAUGAAAAAAAUGGUGGUAAAAAAUAUGAUUAUCCUUUGGUUAAAACUAAUGAUUCAUCUGAUGCUGGAACAAAUUUCAAUUAUCAAAUAUUUAACAGAAAUCCUCAUGGCAGAAUCGCUGAUUGCCAAAUUGAGUUGUUUGGAUUAAAAAUCACCAUUAUGCUGGUGUACUUUGCAAACAAAGCUGAUGAAAGAGACGACAUGAUGAAUAUGUUGAAUAAAGUCUUAGAAAAAGACAAAUUGUAUAUGAUACUUUGUGAUAAAAACUUUGGUGAAAGAUUAUCAGGGUUUGUUACUCCUUCAGAUAAAACAAAUUUAAAAAAUUAUAAAAAAUUUUUGGAUGUGAAUAAUUUAGUAGACCUUACUAAAGAAAUUGAUGAAAAUAAAAUUUUACCUACUAAUUAUACCACCUUUGGUUUGAAAUCAAUUGAUACCUGCAUCACAUCUAAAGUAUUAACCGACCAUUUUGAUUCCUUAGCUAUUGAAUUUGAUUUAUUUAGCACCCAUGCUAAAUAUUUAACCACCUUCAAUUCGGUAAAAUCAUCAUCAUCAUUUAUUUCAAACCAUUCUGGAAUUGAACAUGAAAAGUUUUUUAAAACCUUGGAAGCUGAAGGUGAAAGUUGGUUAGAAAACAUAACUGUUGAAAUGAAAAAAAGUGUUGAAGAAUUUAUCAAGAAAAAUUUACCCUCAGAUGUUGAUACAACAGUGAAAAAUGGCAUCCACUCGAAACAGUUUGUUCAUCUGUUUUUGAAAGUAUAUAACUAUAAACUACAAGCUGCUAGAAAUAACGGAGGCCAGCUUCUCCUCUGGUCAGAUUUAGGAGAAUAUUUUAAAUUACAACCAGAAUAUUUGAGAAGAUUAAGUGAUUCAUAUAUUGCUCAAGGAUGUUGGAUCUUAAAUAAAAAUGGUGAUUACGAAGAAAAGGAAAAUGUUCAAUAUCAAAGAAUCAAAUUAAAUGAAACGAGAUGGACAGAAGAAGAAGAUUCAAAACUUAGACAAUUGGUUCAACAAUAUGGUUGCGAUUAUGAAAAAAUUUCUGAAUUUUUUCCUGCAAGAUCUUCCCAAGGUGUACAUGAUGAAUGGUUUAUAAUCAAUAAAGGUAAAAAAUUUGAAAGUCAACUUGUAAAUGAGUUCAUUUCAAAGUUUGAUGCUUCAUCCAUCGAUACUAAAAUUACCAAUGGUAAACAUACCGCAGAAUUUUAUGAUAAAUUUUUAGAAGCUGUUAAUUUUAAAGAAGUCAUGAAAAAAAAAUAUAAAACAAAUUUUUUUUCAUGGGAUAAAGUUGCUGAAUUAUUUAAAUUAGAUCAGAAUUAUUUGACAAACUUACAUAAUCAUUUCAAAGGUGAACAAAUUUGGAUUUUAGAUACGAGUGGGUCUUGGAAGAAAAAUUCAAAAGUUCCUUACAGAAGUAGAAGCACUGCGAAACCAGGAGUUGUCAUUCCAAAAAGAUUCUGGACUGAAACAAAAGUUGCACAGCUCAAAGCAGCAGUUGAAAGAAUUGGAUAUGAUUUUGAAAGUAUUGCAAGGGAAAUGGGAACAACAGAAAAGGCUUGUCGAAGAAUAUGGGAGGAAAACAACAAAGGGCAUUUAUUAGAGGAAAGAUUAUUUCAAAAUUUCAAAAAUGAAAACAUACCAGAAAAUUUAAAUUCGCAAGUAUAUGAUGGCUUAUAUACCAAUCAAUUUUAUGAAGUGCUCAUUUCUUGUAUGAACUUUAAGGUAGAAAUGGAAAAAAAAUUUAGCAAAGCUUUUUUUACUUACCCAAAAUUUGGUGCUUUAUUGAAUGUGCCUUUCACAACUUUGAAGAAAUUGGUUACCGAAUAUGUAGAAGAAAAAGUUUGGUUAAAAAAUGAAGACGGUACAUACCGUAAAAAUCCCGAAAUAAAUUAUAGAAAAAGAAAACAUCAAAGUAAAAAUUGGGCUAAAAAAAAUAGAGAUUAA